CGAGCGCUAUGAGAAUCAGAUAAAUCCCAGACGAUAUGUUAUAUGCUGAUUUAUGGUCCAGUAGUUCAUAAACUUGUGGAACAAAAGUUUCUUCCGUAAAAUUUGCCAUAACUCAAUUAAGAUGGCGAUGCACUACAGGACCCGGAGUACGCUAAAGACUUGAGCCCGCUGGAUUUGCGGGUGGACCCGAAGGUAACAGGCCUGGUUACAUACCCCCUUCCUGUUUGGUGAAUAAAAACAAGAGAGAUGGCGCUUCGUGUACCGUGCUACGGCCGUCCGCUAGCAUGAGACUCUGGCUACCUUGUCUACUAGCGUUAACAGCCAUAACUCUAGCUGGUCUCUCUUGGAUAUCCAUACUAUACUAUUCAGUCUUCACGUUUGGAACUCUAUGCUUCGUGUGGGUGUUUUUGACAAACGCGUGUGAACUUGAUUUUGAGCUUGCGUUCAAAUUCAUUGAAUGGGUCGGUUUUGGGACUCCGCAUUCAGUUGAGUUUUCGUCUAAAGGUUUGAACUCAAGGACUCAGACCUUCACUGAUGGGAAUGAAUACCAGAAUUUACACCAACUACCUAGACCAAUUGCCGAGAAUUUGGAAAAGCUGAUCACAAAUAUCAAUCGCGAUUUCGUGGUAUCGUGGUUCAGGGAUGUUGGGGAGGGGGAAGGUUUCGUCGGAGAAACUAGAAAAGCGCUGGAGAUUUUAUCACUUGAAGGAUAUAAGAGAGCCUGUGAUGUAGAUGCACAUAAUCUCAUAGAAGAAGCCAUUCUCAUUUUUCACUCGCAUCUUGAACGGUUCAACAAAGCGGUAGAUGUUUUGAAAGCUCGGGAUACAAGUUUGAAGCUGUCACUAACGAACUCACAGCUUUUGCAUCAAACAUACGAAUCACAGAUACAAAAUAAACACAUCGCGCUAAAAGGACCCGCUUCUGAGCUCAAUUACUUAAGAAAUGUCGUGGAUUGCUUAUUGGCUGUAUUGCUUCCCCAAAAGGCUUAUAACUGUGAUAUGGGGAAAUUCAUACUCAGGGAAAUUCUAGCCGUACAAGCGGUCGAACUGGUGGAAUUGAUAUCAGACCCGGACUGGGUCAACGAAGCUAUUAUUGAUCUAUUAUGCCCUCCGAAAAACACCACAGUGAGAGCCCCACAAGCCUUAAUUACUAGACCCACCGAACGGGAAUUGGAUUUAGAAACGAUAAGUUCAUUACAUGACAAUAGGAAUGGUGAGAUCGUUCGUUCUAAUGGAAGUAGAAAUUUAUCGAUGUGUAAUGACGAUGGAACGGUUGAUCGAUCAAAUGGAAGGGGCCAGGUGCGAAGUGCUUCACUUGAAUCUUUUGCUUCAAAUGUUCAACAAAGUGCAUCACAGGGUUAUUCAGGACAAAAGUAUUCAUUAGGGAACUCUCCUUCACACAGAGGAUAUUCUGAGUCUUUUGUUGUUAUUUCCUGUUCAAGUGAAAGCCAGGGAAAUGGAGUUACUGGAAACAAGAGUAGAGAGCCAAGUUUUAGUCUUUCAUCAUCAUGGGGGGUAUGUCCCCCUGCCGAAGAUCCUUCAUUUCUCACUGAGAGCUUUCAAGCUAUGGAGAAUCAAGCUCAAUCACAAAGCAAAGGGUCUAAAUUAUCAGAAUUGAGAACAAACGUUAAACAUGUUGGAUCAUGUUGCACAAAACUUGAAGUCAGUGAUGAAAUUGAUUCACCUAUUUUAGAUAUACCUACAAGUGGGGAUUUCUUUCACGGAAUAAGGUCCCGUAGCUCAUCUCACCCAGAAAAUAUAUCAAGCAUCGGGAUUAAGUCUGAAUCAAGCCAUGCCUACACAAACCAUGACAGAAGCUUACAACGUUCAUGCAGCGUACCUUGUCUUUUGUCCCCCACCUGUGAAUUCGCACCCAUUUCAGAGUCAGAACAGGCCCCACCUAGCCCUGUAAAAUUCUAUGAACCACAGUAUUUCAAUGUUAGCUUCUGCAGCAGUGAAGGUUCCUUUAAAUCAUUUGCUGAUGAGGAAGAGUUGGAUCUUGAAGAGGGGAAAGAAAUUGAGGAAGACAUGAGUACAGAUGAUGAUAUUAUUGAUGAUGUUGCACCCUUGCCUAUCGUCAAACCCCCAAAAGGAAUCUUAAAACAGAUGUCUAGUGAAUCCAUUGAGGAGAAACUUACAGCUGGUCACAAACCUAGUGAUAAGAAUCUCCAAAAUCCAAACAAGUCUAGAAUUGAAGGCUCUUUAUCAGAGAAGAGACUAAGCAGUGAAGAAAGCCUUGAUAGUGUAUUUAAGCCUCAAGGUUAUGUCAGCUUUAGAGGCAAGUCAGAAGGGUCUAAAGACAGCAGCAGCUCUGAAAACAAAUCCUCAUUUGAACGACUGUCCUCUACCACUGGGGUUACUACUCGGAAAUCAGAUUCCACUGACGGUGAACUCUCUGAUAAGUCAGGUGCUGGUCGAUCAUCACCAGGGUUCUUCUCACAGAAGUCAGACUCUGAGUCAUUCAGUGAUAGUGUACUCAUGGCGGGGAGAAAGUUCAUCUCCUCCAUCAAGUCUCCUGCCAGAACACUUGGUUUUAGCAGCAGCAGCGCCCGUUCUAGUACGGCCUCCACAGAGUCAUCUUCAGGGUUUGAUUCCAUGGAAGUGAAUUUGCCAACUAGUAUGGAUCGUGAGCCGUCAGUGGAAGAUGCAAAUGGUCUUCCUUGCCCUGAGCCUGUAAGAAGGUUCUCUACGUCCUCCGGGAGGCGUUUGUCACGUAGUAAUGCUGUACGCGAGAUGUCAUCUGAGAGUGACUCAGACACAUGGUAUGGUACACCACAAGCACACUCUCCCCCCUCAGAACAAAUUGUGUAUGGCACCCCGAUGCAGCAAUCUCAACCAAGCCGAAAUGGUCCCGAGAAGAGUGUUGUGAAGAUCCACCCAAGCCGCCUUAUAACCAUUCCCGAGACGGAGAUUGCACUAGAGUCAGGGUGGGAACCUGGUCGGAACAAGUUCACACUCUACAGAAUUGAGUAUGACAUCCGUAUCUGGCCCCAAGUCUACAAAGCGCUGGUUUCAGGAUCCAACCAGCAAGAGAUGAGUCUGCGAGCCUUAAAGAAAGAGCCGAGUGAUGCUGGUGAGAAGAUUGACAGCAAAAAACUAAGAGCUUCCUUUGAGAGAGCUAUCCCAGUCAAAAGAGCAAUCAAGCGCCGCUAUCGAGAAUUCAUGGAACUGCAUAGCAGGCUUACAAGUGGACCACUUGCAGUGCAGAUGAAAGAUGUACUGAAGCCAAAUAGGAAAUUUAACCUCCCUUUUGGAAGACUGGAUAAAGAAGUGGUGGAAGGCAGAAGGAUUAUCUUACAGGACUACCUUGUGAGUUUGGUAUCCAAGCCGGAUCUUCGCAACAGCAUGGAUCUUCAGCAGUUCCUCGGUGUCAUUAGUUCUGAUGUGUCUUUCAUAAAACCCAGUGUUGCACAGAUUAUCAACCAAACAGUGCAUGUCCCAAGAGUGGAUAAGAUGCUGGGUCGACAAAUGACCAAGGUGUUUGACAGCAUUAAGACAGCUUUCGACUCAGAUGCACCAGAGAGUGAUAACAUUCUUUCACCACCUCCUGAUGACAACAGCUCUCCUUGGAAAUUGGCAUAUUCCAAACAUGCACAGGGUAAUGGGGAUCAUACGUUUACACCAGCGGAACACUUUGAUGCCUUUCUCGAGAAUUUCCUAGCAUACAAUCCAGUAAGAGCAGAGCCUGAUGAUGACUUCCAAGAUGAUCAGGAGGAAAUAGAAGAGCAUCGCUUGUCACCAUCACCAUGGUUACACUCUGCCCUUCAUGAUGACUACAGCAGUGACGACGACCUCAUGCUAAAUUACCUAGGGCCAGGGUCUGCAGGAUCAGCUGGUGAUAGCAGUGAGAGCCCAAAUGACCACUCAGUUACAUCACUUGCUUCAUCCGAUGAGGGACUGUAUGAUGCUUUCGGACAAAGUUCGCCUGUUAAUACCUCUUUUCCUAUGUCUGCAAGUACUGGAUGCUUGAAAGAAAAGCUGGAAAAUUCCACCUUUUGGGACCAGUCACCACCCAGUGACCUGGGUUCAAGCUUGGCUUCAUGUAAAUCUGAUGAUGAGGAUGCUAAUUAUAGAGCAUCUCUUCACUUACCCUUUUCCAAGAAGAAUCUGGACCAAAAAUGGAAAAGCGCCUCUGAUAAGAUGAAAGAGAGAAAGUCUAAGUCUGUAGAGAACGUGGCUGCCGCAAAAGAUAAGAUGAAGGCCUUCAAGGGGGAGAAGUUUACCAUGGAUAAGCUCAAACAGGCAGCACACCAAGUGCAACAGAAACAGAAGCAGUCACGAGAAAGUCUUCAUGCUGUGAGUGAAAGAGUCAAGGCAGUUAAAGAUGAAAAGUUGAAGCAUGCGGCAGAAGAGCUAAAGCACAUAAAACAGGAAGCCACGAAGGAAAACCUGCAAGCUGCAAAGGAAAGGAUGAAGGCAUUGAAGGACGAGAAGUUGAAGCACGCUACACAAGAGCUGAGACAAUUGAAGGAGGAAUCCGCUGAGACUUUUGAGGGUACAAGAGAGAAGAUGAAAGUGUUAACAAAUGACAAGCUCAAGGAAGCAGCUGAGCAGGUAAAACAAAAGAAACAUGAAUCAAGGGAGAAUUUAAAGGCAGCUAAAGAUAAAAUGAAGUCUCUAAAUGUCGAGAAGCUUAAAGAAGCUGCAAAACACGCCAAACAGGCACAGGCUGAAUCUAUGGAAAGUACUAUACAUAAAGUGAAGGCUGCAAACGCAGAAAAAUUCAGGCAAGUUGCUGAACAAGUUCUAGAGAAAAAACAUGAGUCAGAAGAGAAGAUUCAUGCGGCAAAAGAAAAGGUUAAAGUAAUGAAAGAUGAAAAACUUAAACAUGCUGCAGAACAAAUCAAGCAACGAAAAUGUGAGUCGGCAGAGAGCCUACAUGCUGCCAAAGAGAAGGCAAGAUCUCUCAAGGACAAUCUACCCAACCCUAAGAUCAUCGUAAAAGAGCACAUGCCCCAUGUGGGUCCCACCUUGACCCCUCUCCUGUCUUCAAGGAUGCCCAACAAGGGAGAGGUUUAUCGGCGACUACAUAACACCAAGGCAGACUUGCCUUUAGCCAUGUCAAACUCUGAUGAGCCAAGUUCUGAGGUACAAGGUGCUGCAACUGAUAUCCAGCCAGGGGAGCCACAGUGUCCACUGUCUGAGGCCAUCCUUGCACUGACUUGUGAGGUGCUGAAAGGGAGGGGCUCAUGGGCAAGUUUGGAGAGGGUCCAGCAGGGAUUCCUUGGAGUCUUUAGUGGACUUUUUGAAUGGUUUAUUCGGCGUGAAAUAGAUGACUUGUUCACAGAUGACAAUUGGGGUGUGUACCUGUCAAAUCUCAAUGAGAUCAUCUGGCCUGAUGGCAAACUUAGAGAACCUCCAGUACAACCCAAAACAGAUGAUGAGAAAGACCAAACGAAAAAGAUAGCAGUAAAAAUGCUUAUGGAGUUUUUCCCAGAGUUAUUUAGUCUGGCUGUUGGCUCACAGUUGUACAAAGAGUGUGCAGAUAACGUGGUAGAGUCUCUUCAAAAUCCAGCUAUCAACAGAAUUCUGGUCUAUUUGUUGGUUGAGGCUUUUUUAGCAGAGUUUAUCCCCGAGCUUCAGUGUGCAUCAUUGUGAGGAGGCAAACAUCACCAAUCCAGACAUCGUCACUGCAUGUCUUGCAGUGCAGCUUAUGUGUAGAUUAUUUAGACAAAAAGUGUAUUAGAAAAGGGAGUUAUGAGUUAGUCACCUUGUACAAUGGCUUGCAUGGUCUUAGGGUAAUUAACAUUCUUGUAAUUUUGUGGUUGAAAGUCAAUGGUCUCCAUUCAUUAUUCAAAGAUUUUUAAUUGUACAUAAUAGAUCAAAUUCUAUUUCUAUUUAUUUUUCUUUCACAUCAAAAAUCAAAUAAAUUCAUAUUAUUUAAAUGUCUAAUGCAUGCAGUUCGAUUUAUGCUUACAUCGAGUCAAAUUGUUAUUAGAAAAACAAGUGUAUCUCUUAAUAUGCAAAUUCAGUAUAAAUUGGGAAAUUAUUGAGAUGAAAGGUGUUAUGCAAAGAAAUAAAUUAUCAUAGUUCUUUCAAAAUUGCUUUUGAGAUGAGUGUGCCCAAUUAGCUGUUCUAUUAGGUGUAGCGCUCGGCCUAGAAUAGGGAGAUUGGGGCAAGAAAGGAGAAGCUAAGCUUUGAAAUGUGCUCACUAUCGCCUUUGUUUUUUCGCAUAACUAAGCUCAGCUUUUCCAUCUUUCAUGCAACUAGCCCAUGUUGAGCAGGCUAGUUAUAAUGUUUAUCUCGGUCGUGGAAUGGAGUCUGGGUAAACCCAGAGAGUAGAGAGUCAGAGGGCGAGACUCGAGACUGAGGGUCGAGACUCGAGACUGAAAUGUGGAAUACCGAAGUCUUCUUCCAAUUGUCAUAAAAUGCUGUGGCUAUGCAAUGUUUUAUAGCGAGAAAAAAGUAAAACUAAUUUGGAAAUCCAGAAAUCAUAUUUUCAAGAUUUCAGAUAUCUCUAUCGACUCUCAGCAUUUCAGUCUCGACUCUUGGUCUAACAGUCUCGACUCUCAGCAUUUCAGUCUCGAGUCUCGGCCCUCAGUCUCGAGUCUUGCCCUCUGAAUCUCUACUCUCGAAUCUCGGGGUUUACCCAGACUCCGUGGAUUGCAUUAUUACUUUAUGUGAAUAUCAUAUUACAUGGUGUGACUUGUGAAUACAACAAAUAACAUAG